AUGUCCCCUUGGUGUGCCACCACCCAGCGAUGUGCCACCACCCCGCCAGUUUUCUCGGCAGAUAAAGUCCCCGAGGGGUUGGACGCCAUCGUGGUGGGCAGCGGCAUCGGGGGCCUGGGGGCUGCGGCGCUGCUGGCCAAGGCGGGCAAGCGGGUGCUGGUGCUGGAGCAGCACGGCAAGCUGGGGGGCUGCUGCCACACUUUCACCGAGAAGGGCUUCGAGUUCGACACCGGUAUUCACUAUGUGGGGCAGAUGCAGGAGGGCUCCAUCACGCGCUUCAUGGUGGACCAGUUGACGGAGGGGCAGCUGGAGUGGGCUCGGCUGCCAGCCGUCUAUGACGCCGUGAUUUUGGGCGAAGCCGACCGCCACAGGACGUAUCGCAUCCAUUCUGGCAAAGAGGAAUAUUUCCGGAGAUUGAAAGAGCAGUUUCCCGGGGAGGAAACUGCUAUCAAUGAGUUUGAGCGGUUGGUGAAGAGCGUGGGCAGGGGGACGGUGCUGGUGGGCGUCUUGAAGAUGAUCCCCCGGGCGGUGGCCACUCUGCUGUGCCGCUCGGGGCUGCUGCCGCGGCUCAGCCCCUUCUGCCGGUUGGCGUCGUGCAGCCUGAAGGAGGUGGUGGAAGGUCUCACCGCCAACCAGGAGCUGAGAGCUGUCUUCAGCUACAUCUUCCCCACCUACGGCGUGGUCCCCUCCAAGGCCAGCUUCUCCAUGCACAGCAUCCUGGUGAACCACUUCCUUCACGGCGCGUGGUACCCAAAAGGGGGAGCCGGGGAAAUCGUUUUCCACACUGUUCCCGUUAUCCGGAAAUCCGGAGGUGACGUGUUGGGAAAGGCGCCGGUGCAGAGCAUCCUGCUGGACUCCCAAGGCAAAGCCUGCGGCGUGAGCGUCAAGAAAGGCCAAGAUUUGGUGAACAUCUUCGCUCCCAUCAUCAUUUCGGACGCUGGGAUCUUCAACACCUACGAACGGCUGCUGCCGGCGGAGGCGCGGGCGUUGCCUGAGAUCCAGUCUCAGCUUCGCAUGGCGACACAUGGUGAAGGGGGUUUCACCGUCUUCGUAGGUCUUAACGGCUCCAGGGAAGAGCUGGGGCUGGAGCCCACCAACUACUUCAUGUACUCAGGAAAUGACCUGGAUGAAAUAACGAAUCGCUACUUGGCUUCUUCUAGAGAAGAAGCCGCCAAGAACAUCCCCCUCCUGUUUGUCACCUGCCCAUCGACCAAGGACCCCACCUGGGAAAUGAGGCACCCAGGUAAAUCCACGAUGGCCAUCGUGACUUUCGCCAAAUAUGAGUGGUUUGAGGAGUGGAAGGACAAGCAGGUCAAUAAGCGGGGAGAUGAUUAUGAGGAGCUGAAGAAGACCUUUGUGGACGCCAUCAUGCAGGCUGUCUUCAAGCUCUACCCUCGCAUCGAGGACAGGAUCGAGUACAUCUCCGGUGGGACGCCCCUCACCAACCAGCACUACAUCGCCAGCCCCAAGGGGGAGAUCUACGGCAUGGACCACAACAUCGCCCGCCUGCAAGCCGAAGCCAUUGCCACUGUGAGGGCGCAGACAGCCGUCCCCAACCUCUACCUGACAGGGCAGGAUUUGUGCCUAGGGGGCUUCAUGGGAGCCCUGCAAGGAGCCCUCAUCUGCGCCAGCGCCGUCCUCAAGCGCAAUCUCUACGUUGACCUGGUGAAGCUGAAAAAGCGCACGCAGGCCACCAACUCUAAGAAGAGGGACUAA